ACGGAAAUAGACUGAUGUCACUUCCUGUUUCCUUCAACACAUGUGAGUGAGCGUGGAGAGAAAACGGUGAAGAACCUCCACAGGACCCGUAUAAGACCCGUUUAAAUACGUUUAAACCAAUUAAAACCCGUUUAGUUUCGGUACCAAAGUGCAUUCCGCCAUGUUGGAGCAGUUGGGUCUGAUCGGGACCAUCCGGGACGAGGAGCAGAGUCCGGAGGAACCCGACACCGAGUCCGACCAGGAGGACCAGCCGAUCGUCCUGAACAGGAAGAAGAAGUUUGGGAAUCAGACUCGCGGGGCGAGAGACUUCAACACGGACUUUGAGUUUGGAGAGCGAGACGGACUGAACCACGACGACGACUGGGUGAUGGCCGACGUCAUGAAACAGCUCAAGAACAAGAGAACUCGGACGACUCUCGACCAGAAAAUCGACAGAAUCAGGAAGAAGAGGAAAGCUGAGGAGAAAUCAGCUCAGAGCGACGCAGCAGCUUCUGCAGGAAAGACGGAGGAGGAGGAUGAAGAUGAAGAGGAGGAUGUGGAUCAGGCUGCAGGAGACCCCGAAGCAAGUGAUGAUGACGAGGAGGAGGGUGAAGAUGAGGAUGAGUUUGACUCAGGUGAUGAGGAGAUUCUGACCAAAUCAGACACCCUGAGAGAGAAAGAGUGCCGAGGGAGGAAGAGGAAGACCGAAGAGGAGGCUCCGGAGUCGUUCUAUGAAGACGCGUCUCAGUACGACGACACGCUGACCUUCGAUGACAUGAACCUGAGCCGACCCAUCCUGAAGGCCGUCACCGCUCUGGGCUUCAAGCAGCCGACCCCCAUUCAGAAGGCCUGCGUUCCUGUCGGGCUGCUGGGCAGAGACCUCUGCGCCUGCGCUGCUACUGGGACAGGAAAGACUGCAGCCUUCGUGUUGCCCGUGUUGGAGCGUUUGGUUUAUAAGCCCAGGACGUCCCAGGUGACCCGGGUCUUGGUUCUGGUUCCAACGAGGGAGUUGGGGAUCCAGGUUCAUUCCGUGGCCCGUCAGCUGGCACAGUUCACCUCCAUCACCACCUGCCUGGCUGUUGGCGGUUUGGACCUGAAGUCUCAGGAGGCGGCGUUGAGGGCGGGGCCAGACGUCCUGAUCGCCACUCCUGGGCGGCUCAUUGAUCACCUUCACAACACGCCGAGCUUCGAGUUGACACACAUCGAAAUCCUGAUCCUGGACGAGGCCGACAGGAUGUUGGACGAGUAUUUUGAGGAACAGAUGAAGGAGAUCAUCAGGUUGUGUUCUUACAACAGACAGACCAUGCUGUUCUCCGCCACCAUGACAGAGGAGGUGAAGGACCUGGCAGCGGUCUCGCUGAAGCAGCCAAUCAGGAUCUUUGUUAACAGCAACACUGACGUGGCUCCGUACCUGCGACAGGAAUUCGUCCGAAUCCGACCGAACAGAGAGGGAGACCGUGAGGCCGUGGUGGCUGCUCUGCUGACUCGGACGUUCCAGGAUCACGUGAUGUGUUUCACUCAGACGAGGAAACAAGCUCACAGACUGCACAUCCUGCUGGGCCUGAUGGGCCUGAAGGUCGGAGAACUGCACGGAGAACUGAGCCAAAACCAGAGACUGGAGAACCUCAGGCGUUUUAAAGAUGAACAGAUUGAUAUCUUGGUGGCGACAGAUGUAGCAGCGAGAGGUCUGGACAUCGACGGAGUUAAAACAGUGAUAAACUUCACCAUGCCGUCGACAGUGAAGCACUACGUUCACCGUGUUGGCCGGACGGCGAGAGCCGGUCGUUCGGGACGUUCGGUGUCGCUGGUCGGAGAGUCUGAGAGGAAAACGCUGAAGGACGUCGUGAAGUCGGCCAAGAACAGUGUGAAGGCUCGAGUGCUGCCGCCAGAGGUCAUCCUGAAGUUCAGGGAUCUGAUCUCCAAACUGGAGAAAGAUGUUGAAGCUGUGAUGAAGCUGGAGAGAGAAGAAAGAGAGCUGGCUGCCUCUGAGGCCAAGUUGAGUGUGGCUCAGAAGCGUCUCGAUGGCUCCGCCUCCUGUCAAUCACAGAGAGUUUGGUUUCAGACCCAACAGGAGAGGAAACAGAGCCGCAUGUCGAAGGCUCUGCAGGAGUUCGAUCUGGCGCUGAGAGGGAAGAAGAAGAGAGACCAGUUCCUGAAGGACGGCAAGAAGAAGAAAGAGCUGACGUCUGAGGAGCGCGCUCAGUUCGAGAUCUUGAAGGCUCAAAUGUUCGCUGAGCGAGCAGCGAAGAGAGAAAGACGACCGAAGAGAGCAAGAGCGAUGCCCGAAGACGAGAUGCCGAGUACAGCAGCCAAUCAGAAAGCAAGAAAAGGAGGCAAGAAGUCCGUGUUUGAUAAAGAGCUGACGAACACCAGCAGCAAGGCUCUGAAACACUACAGAGCAGGACCAUCCUUCGCAGACAGGAAGCGUCUCGGUUUGGACAGGAAGCGUCCUGGUGGCUCCAGGUUCAAGAAGAAGUGAGUCCUGUGGCCACCUGGAGACCUGGAGUCUUCCUCUACAUUAAUCUUCUUCGUCAUCUCUUUGUGCUCCUGUUCAGUUGUUUUGUUCAUUAAAGAAGUUUUAAAUGAA